UUUAUGAGCAGGGGUCAUCUGAUUGCCGUCUUUGUUUCCACUGUUGGAAGUGAUUUUCACCACAACACCCUCACAGCCCAUGAGACUGGUUGCAUUAUGAAAACACUCUGCCUAUUCCUGUUAGUUUACCUGCAGGGAAGCUUCUUUGUAGAACCAUCAAGUGCGCAAAGUAAUGCAGUAUGCACAAAAGAAACCUGUGUACAGGUCCCAGAUGCCACCUCAAACUUCCUGCAGUGUGUGGGCCUGUCACCUACGGACACAGGGGAAGAUCACCUGCGGCGGCUCAAAGGAAUUCUUGAAGCCACAAUGGACUUGUACACAUUUAUGAAAUCGAGCAUGACAAGGGGGACAAUUUUGAGUGUGGACGGAGCUCUGGAAUUAGACUUGGCAGCAGACCCUCUACAGAAUGAAGACCUGGUCAGGAUGUGGAUGGAGGUCAAGAUGAAGCCGCUGCUAAAAACCAUCACAAAGGGCUUCCUGUCCUGUCUCAGCACCAAGAACUUCAGCUGCUCCACCUAUCAGACUGUAGUGGAAGAGCUCAGUAACUAUUAUUCUGAGAUGGAGCCAGUCAGACAAAAGUGGAUCUACACGUUCUUUAUGUACCCGUUCCUGUCUUCAGAAAGAGUUGCUGGCUGUGUGAACCCAGACGAGAGCAGUAAGGAGUGGCUGAUGAAGAACUUUGGUGCUUUCGGUGUCCUGGCCCGAUUGAGGGACUUUUCAGCACUCAACAUGGUCUUCAGUGGAUUGGAGGCUCUAGACUUGCUGUCUCCGGCACAAAAGGCCGAGCUGCUGAUGAGCCCUGAAGUUGCCAGUUUAGACAAUGGCACCUUAUCCUUGGUCUUCCACAGUCUGCUAACAGGGGGUUCUGGUCCUUCACCCACUGCUGAACCUGGAUGGGAUUCCAGCUGGACAACCCCUGGAUACCCACCCUCCUAUCCACUACAACCCUCAUAUAAUCCUCAGCCAGGCCUCCAACAGGUUGUAAAUGGAGUCAUGGCAGCUUUCAAACCCAUUGGGAGCUUUGUUCAAGGCUUUGUAUCCUUCACACGUGAGAGAAAUGUGUCAAACAUAAAAAGCACCACUAUGACCCAAUUCCUGCUCAACUGGACUCUGGCUGAGCUGGCUGACAUGUACCGGCAGCCAAACACAUCUGUGGCCCCAGAGGAACCAUGGUUUGAUGUGACAAAUGUGGGGGCCUGGUACGAGCACGUUGUGAAGCCCCUGUUACGGAGGUUCUUGCCGAAUGAAGAACUCCUGAUGCAUCAAAACAUCACACUCGCUUUUCACGAAGUGUUCCGUCUGAACCACGGUAUGGACAACGAGACCCUGGCUGAAAUCCAGGAUGUCUGCAGCAUCACCCUUGAUAAAAGCCCUUGCGGGCUGACUGAUGCGGUGGCAAACGUGGCCCAGGUUUUGCACUGCUCUGCUCGUAACAACCUGACCAUGACCGAGGAAGUGGUCAGGCAGCUGCUUCUGCAGCUGACGCAAGUUCUGAACUCACUGAUCAGGGAGUUCUCCACAACAGGCUUCACGCAGGUGGUGUCUGAAUUUCAGCAGAUCUUCAGCGAGUCAGAAUCACCAUCUCUGACCCGGGAGCACCUCAGUGACCCACAGUUCAUCCAGCUCUGGUUCAAGGUCAAGCUGCUGCCCCUCCUGCCCAGCGUACAGCCAGAACUCCUCUCCUGCCUCAGCACCAAGAACUUCUCCUGCCCCGUUUACCAAACCCUUGUGGCAGCGCUUAGCAAAGACAUGAGCUUUAUGAAUGCUGAUGUGAUGUAUAGUCACAACAUCUACAAGUACUUCAUCUAUCCCUUCCUGCUAAAUCACAACACCUCAGACCCCCAGUGUGUAUCUUCAGCCAAUCAGAGCGCAGAAUGGCUGACGGUCAACUUUGGUUUCUUCUCAAGCUUUGCCCCCAUCACCGACUUUUACGCACUCAACCCUUAUUUCUCUGGACUGGAGGCUCUUCAGCUCCUGACUCCUAGACAGACAGCAGAGCUGCUGCUGCUGCCGCUCCGAACUCCACCAGAGAAAGAUGUUGUCAUCAACCAAGUCUUUGACUUCCUCACGCAGUCGCCUGCAGCCCGGAAGUAUCCGGAGGUCCUCCGGGCUUUGGUUGCGCUCGCUGAACAGGAAAGCCCUCCCUGCAAUGUCUACAAACAAAUUUUUGAGCGACUGUACAAAGCCAUACCAUCUCUGGCUCCAGAAAUGGAGAUAGUCACCUGGGCUAGUAUAGAAGACCUGAUGAACAUUGCACCAGAUGAGUGCGUGCCAGCAAACCUCACGUGCCCGUUAACCCAGCUCAAUGAUUCUCUCAUCUGCAGUGGAGUCAACAGCUCUGAUCUACUGUCUUACUGGAACACCUUUAAGCAAGUGUCCUGCACUUUCACCUUGGAGAAAUAUGCAUGUACAAAGCUGGACAGCUUCACAGCCAAUGACCUGGUGUCUCUCUUGAUGUGCGAUCUUCCGACAAACAGCGGCCACUCCAAAAUGCUGUGGAAGAUGCUGCUCACUAAAGUCUCCAGUGUUUUGGACCCAGCUCUGGACAUCCUGGCCGGCAUGUCCAUGCCCGUAGUUCCAUCAGCAUCAGAGGUUUUGGAUGUGAUUGGAGAGAUCAGAGUGUCGUUGCUGACCAAUGAGCAGCUUCAGAACAGCAGUGUGAUCAAGUUGUGGUUCUCAGAACGUCUAAGGAGCUUGCUGCCAUUUGCAUCAGGAAUAUUUCUGCGCUGCCUGAGCAGCAGACACCUGACCUGUCAGUCAUACCAAAAAAUAUUACAGGUGUUCAGCGACCAGUCUAAAUACAUGACCAUAAAAGAACAGCACAUGGUCCUGCAGGAUUUCAUACUCCGUUUCCUGACGCAGCCACACUCAAAUUCCAGCUGUGUGGCCACCUCCAACAGCACUGCACAGUGGCAAGAGGAGAAUUUGGGUCCAUUUUCAGCAUUUUUGUCCCUCACAGAGCUGCUCCAGCUCAACCCACAGUACAACCCUAUGGAAGUCUUGACGCUCCUGACUCCAAAGCAGAGCGCGGAGCUGCUGGUGUUGAGGCUUCCAAUUCUGCCGGAUAAAGACGUCAUCAUCAAUGCACUCUUUGAUUAUCUGACCGAGUCUGCUGAUGAGACGAAAUUCAUAGAGUUCCUGACCAACCUUACUGUGUUCAUUUAUCCGGAAAACUUCACUUGCUCAUCAUACAAAACACUGUUCACCAGACUGGACUCGGCCACACCUGUGGUUUCUCUUAAAGUCGCUAUCGUUAUCACGCAGACCAAACUGGCCCUAUCCCAGCACCUACCACCAGACUGCAUCAUUUACGGCGGACAGUGUAAUACUGUCAUGGCAAACAUGACAGAAAUCUGUGGUGAAGUGAACAGCUCAGCAAUUCAGCACUACCUCGCCAGCGGACAGAUGAGUGGACCCCUCUGCGACUUUACCGUUAAGGAAAUUGCUUGUGCCUCGCUGUCAGCGCUAACAGCAGAGCAGCUGGCGAUGAUACUGAAGUGCAACCGCUCCUCCAACUCAAGUGGCUCCAGGCCUGCCUGGAAACUUCUCCUCACCAAAGCCUCUCAGGUGCUGGAUCAGGCUCUGGAUCAGCUGGCCAACACGACACUGGACCCCAGAAGCCCGGCAGUGUCCAUGAUUCUGGACAUCAUACAAGAACUCACAAUAAACACUGUCAACACUACCACCAUCAAUAAUCCAACCUUCAUCCAGACAUGGUUUGGCCACCGCCUCAACCCAUUCCUGCCUGCCGUUUCACCCGACUUCCUCUCAUGUCUCACCACAAGGGAAUUGACUUGCAGAUCCUACCAGGAAAUUUUGCAGAUUUUGAGUCACCUCCAGCCACAAAUGACGCGCACCAGGCGGAUGUCUGUUUACACUCACUUUAUUAAGGUUUUCCUGACCAGGAACAACAGUGCAGACCCUGCCUGCAGCUCCGGCAUCGCCACCAGUGUUGAAUGGAUCCAGAUCAAUCUGGGAGGUUUCUCCGAAUUUGCGUCAAUCAAAGACAUUGGGAUGAUUUACCCCAAGUUCUCAGUGAUGGAAGCCUUGUCACAGCUGACAGUCAGACAGCUAGCUGAGGUGGCUGUAAUACCUGGUCAACUCACCUCUUCUGAGCAGGUCUACAUGGUGAUGAGUUAUGUCCCUGACCAGCUCCUCCCUGCCUUCUUUGAUGAUUUCUCACCUGUUAUCAUGGGUCAAGAAAACGCGUUCCCCUUAGUUGUGCGGUCAACCAUGUUGCAAGUUGUGUUUGAUCGUGCAAAUCUCUCCAAGCACUCGGUGGACGACUCAGUGGUAUUGAUUUGGCUUCAACACCGACUGCCCCCCCUGCUGGUGCAGCUUUCACCGGUCCAUGUUGCACCAUACUUCAGCAUACUGGCAGGAAGGAGCUGCAGUACCGAACACGUGGGUGUACAGAACCUGAACAUGACUAUCACAACGCUCAGCGAAGAAACACAGAAGGAAAUCUAUGACCACAUCAUUCAGACCCUCAGAGGCUCAGAACCUCUCCGCUGCUACGGUGACAACUACAACCGCAGUUUCUACAAAUUCCUGGAGAGCUCUUUCAUGGAGUUCCAGUUCCCUAACCUCACCACCUUCCUGUCGCUCAUUCCUCACGACAGAUUCCAACUGCUGAUAAACUCCAUGCCUCCAUCAGACCUUGGAAAUUUUCUGCGACGUCCUCAUGUUGUCGACAACGACGCAGAGCUCUGCGAGCUGUACAACAACUACAGAGAGAUGCCACAGUUUCUACAAACUGAGACUCUGCCAGAAGUGGUGAGGCGACCCACCCUGCCCUGCGUCUGGCCCAUGGCGCUCAGCAGCACCCAAAGGUCAGAUGUCAACGCUUGGUUUGACCUGCGCCUCAAGAACUACUUGGCCUUCCUCACAAAGGAUCUGAUCAGUCCCGGUGUCACAUACAACGCUUCCUGCCUGGCCUUCCAAAAACUCGUCUCAGUCCUUGGUGUAUACAACUACACCAAUGCAGACUUUAUGAGGAGCGAUGUGUUCAGCACCAUCAGGACUUACCUUUACAUCGGCACAGAUGCCAACCCAAGGUGUUACAUCGCCAGCGACCCAGAACUGAACUCCACAGCGUGGUUUGCCGAGUACAUCGGGCCUUUCAUGUCUUUCCUCACUCUGGACGAUCUUCUAACAUUUGGCUCUCAGACGGUUAUUCAGGUGUUCACAGUGAACCCUCUGAACAUCGCUCUCCUCAACCACUCUGUCAUACCUGAGAACCUCACUACUUACUAUACUGAGCUUAUAUAUGAACAGGACAGCAACUUCAACCCCUUACUUCUUCCUCUGCUGUGUCGGUGUAUCGCUCCUGGUCCUGCAUACACCCAACUGAGUCCAGAAGAGACUAUGAUAGUUCUGAUGAAUCUCACAGAUCUCUGCACAGACCUGGACCCACAGAUCAGUGCUGCUUUGGCGGGUAACUUUGGUGACAGAAUUGAUGCCCAUAUCAUUGCUGCCCUCGGCAAUGAAAGCUCCGGCAUGUCCAUAAACCAGAUCCAGUCAAUCAAACCCGAGGACUUGAGAGCUGCCCUCGGAAUUCUCGCCAGUGUGAUUGACUGGAACGAAGGUCAGGCCAGGGCCAUCAUCCAGUUGCUGCUGUCUUCAGGCAUGAUACAGCUCAACAGCUCGUCAUCACUGAUAGCUUUGGGAACUCUUAUCAUGGGUGUGUCUGUCAAAGAGUUCGAGCAAAUCAACAGUUCCCUACUGCUAGAAGCCUUUAAAAACCCAUCAUUGGUGCAAAACCUGCUUUCUGGUCCUGAGAUCAUCCAAGAGAGCGUUGUCACUCAGAUCAUAUCAGUGAACAGCAACAACGAGAAAGUAAUCGAGAACGUUCCAGAUGAUCUGGGCACUAAGAUCCCCCGACCCCUGCUGGUGGACUUCUCCAGCAGCAACUUUGUUGUCACCAAUCUCAACAAGAAGAAAUGGAUACAGCAGCAGGCUGAAUUGUUCUUCAGCGUGAUAACUGUGGAAAGUGCCACCGCACAGCUGGGAGGUCCAGACAAUCUGUCAUCCUCUGUGCUGCAAGGGUUCACGUGCACUGGAGUGAGGGCCAUUAGCAUAGUGCAAAUCAAGAAGCUGAUCAGAGCCUGUCGGAGGACGGGCAGCAACAAGGUGACACUGGUGGAGACUCAGCUGACCUGCAUGUACAAUUACAUUAAAGGAGAUGGAAACACCACCGUCUUCAGUCUCUAUCCUCCAGAUGUGCUGCUGUAUUAUAAUUACUCACUGGUGCCGCAGGCCAGCUGCAGGUCCUAUUUGACAGAGCUGGGAGAUGCAGACUUCUCUGUCUUCUCCCCGGCUCUCAGCUACAUACGAACUGCCCUGUUUGAAAAUGCAAAGCGUUGCCUGGGUAUAACAAACACAAGCUUAACUGCAGAUAACAUAUCAGUUUUGGGAAACAUGUGCUGCAUCCUGGAUGGGUCCUACAUCCAAAACUCAGAUCCAUCCAUCCUGGAAAAACUCAAAGGAUGCUCAGAUCUCACUGAUGCUCAAGCAGUUGCUGCUCAGACUCUUCUGAUUAAUGGGAAAACCAAAUACGGAGCUCCUUCAAAGUGGACUGUUCAAACUCUGAAGGAUCUUGGGAUGCUGCCACUAUAUCUGACUUCAACCUUCUAUGAUUAUUUUGACCAAAAAAGAAAACGUGAAUUCAUGAAGUACUUCCUGGCCAUUCUCAGGAAAAAUAAAGUUAGCAGGCAGAAGAUAAAGAAGCUUAAGAGGGAAAUGGCAAUCUCCGUUAGAAAUAAGUUAAAGCAAUCUCCAGCCACUGACUGCACUGUGGGUUUCAUAACCCGUGUCACUAUCAGCAGUGAAGCCUUCCCCCUUGACUACAGUGAUAUAAACCAGUUUAACAUCUGCCUCAAUGCCACCAUUGUGAGGGAUAACUUGGAUGCCAUCACUCAAAAGUUGGACCAAGACGACUACCUCAAGAUUGUUCUCAGCAAGCUGCGACAGGCUUACAGUCCCAGCUCCAUCCCAGAAAAUCAGGUUCAGGUCUUAAGCAUGGCGUCUCGUGUAGCCACUGUAGAAGACAUCAGCAUGUGGACUAUCACUGAGAUCGACACGCUCGCUGCUUUGAUGGACCCCAUAAAUGGGAUGUGGGACCCGAGUCUGGCUAGAGCCAUCAUCACCAAGUAUCUGAGUAUAAAGGGGAAUAGUCUCGGCACCGCAGAGAUCAACACCAUUGGAGGACCAAACUUGUGCUCCCUGGAUGUUCAAGUUCUGAAGAACAUUUCCCAAGAAAGUCUCAAAAUGGCCAAGAAACUGGACAUGUCCAACUGCACCGCUGAUCAAAAGAAAGAACUGUUCUCCAUCGCCUUGAAAUCAUUUACCCAAAGAACCCGCUCCACAACUGUCCCUGUUUCCACUUAUCAGCUCAUACAACCGUACCUAUCUGGUGCAGAUCUUGCAUUUGUCCAGAGUUUAGUGUCUGCCAAUGUCAGCAUGGACCUCACAACCUUCACUGGGCUGCUUGAGAAUGUUAUAAUGAACCUGACUGUUGCUGAUGUUCAAGGUCUUCUUGGUGCCAACCUCCCAACUUUGAAGUUAUAUGAAAAUGUGCCAGUGGUACAAAACUGGAUCAGUAAUCAGUACCAGUCAGAUCUUAAUAGGCUAGGAGUGGAUAUUACAGGUGGCAAGGCUGACCCCAUCACCAGCCCUACUGUCAGCACCUCCACCGGCACAAACGUCAGCACCUCCACCAGCACAACCGUCAGCACGUCCACUGGCAAAACCGUCAGCACGUCCACCGGCCCAACUGCCAGCACCUCCACUGGCAGUACAUCAGGCACAUCUUCAACAACAAAAUCAAUGACAACAUCAGCAAUAAUAUCAACAACAAAAUCUUCUGGAUCCAGCUCCACAUUACGAGGCACUGGCUUCUCUUUCCUCGUUCUCCUCGUACUCCUCAUCGCUGCUCAGCACGUUUUGAUGUGAAGAAAACUGCACUCGUGGAUGAUUAUUGGACUUUGGAAUCCAAAAUGGUUGAUAAGUGGAUAAUAGCUUGAAAUAAUGUUUUUUUAUUUAUCUCUAAUAGAAGGAAAUAAUGUUAAACAGAAGAGUGUUUGCUUUGUUCUUUGUAUUGCUCACUGUCAAGAAAAUAGUUCAUGUGCAAUAAGACAAUAAAUGUAAAUAAUGUAUUUUUGAUUACUAAAUCUUUGAGCAGCAGGUUUGUACGCUCUGAAACCUUUCACUACAUCAUUUUUAACUCAUAUUUUUGCUUUAAUUGUUUUUCAUCUGGUGGUUCAGUUACAAUGUUGAUUGCUAAAACUAAGAUUAAACAGAAAAUGGAGUUGUCAGGUAACAGCUUUGGGUUUUAUAUAGUUGUAUCCCUUUUCACAAUAGCACUUUCUUUAACCACUUUUACUUUGAAAAUGCCUUUGAGAUAUUAA